AUGGAAGACGGUCCGCUGCCGGACCUCAGGGACAUCGAGCUGAAGCUGGGGCGCAAAGUGCCCGAGAGCCUGGUGCGCUCGCUGCGCGGGGAGGAGCCGGCUCCCCGAGGAGAGAGAGAGGGGGACUGCUGCGGGGGGAGCAGCGGCGGCGGGGGCUGCAGUAGCAGCAGCAGCAGCAGCAGCAGCAGUAGCUGCUGCAGCUUCUCUGCCUCCUUGUCGUCCUCCUCGUCGUCCUCCCCAACCUCCGGGUCCCCGCGACGUGGCCACUCCAGCGCCCUGGAGAGGCUGCAAACCAAGCUGCACCUCCUCCGGCAAGAGAUGGUGAACCUCCGAGCCACAGACGUCAGGCUCAUGCGCCAGUUGCUCGUUAUCAAUGAGAGCAUCGAGUCCAUCAAGUGGAUGAUCGAAGAGAAGGCCACCGUGACCAGCCGAGGCAGCAGUCUCAGCGGCAGCUUGUGCAGCCUGUUGGAAAGCCAGAGCACCUCCUUGCGUGGCAGCUACACUAGCUUACACGAUGGCAGCGACGGGCUGGAUGGCAUCUCCGUGGGGAGCUACCUGGACACGUUGGCAGAUGAUGUCCCAGGCCAUCAGACCCCUUCAGACUUUGACCAAUUCAGUGACAGCUCCAUCAUCGAGGACGCCCAGGCACUGCACAAGCAUCCCACAUUGGAUUCUGAGUACUACUGCUUUGGCUAAUGACCCAAUGUGUUUGCAUGGGACUGGUGUGCAAUUAACUUGUAUUUAUCCUCCUUUCCCGCUGCUAUUCUUUUAUUUUUGGUGUGAUAUUUUAUAUACAUAUAUAUAUACAUAUAUAUAAAGCAACCUUUUGAAAAGAAGCUUAUUUUAAAACUGCAUAAUUGUGGUUCUGUCGCUCCCGGUCUGUCCUUGCCUAGACAGAGAUCUAUUUUUCUCUCUUGCAUCUGUAUUUUUAUUUAUUUCAAUGAUUUUUCUCCCUUCUCUUACAGUGGCAUAAGCGAAGUAGGGGGAAAAGGAUAAGCAAUAAUUAUGUGUUUGAUUUUAUGUUCAGAGCAAGGGGUCAGGGAUUACAUGACACACUUUGAUAAAUUUUACAAUAAACCAAAGUCUGAUAACACUUCA